UUUUGGGGGGUUUCAACUUGGACUCAUAACUCUAAUAUGCAUAUAGAUGUUUUGAAAUAAUCAUCACCUGUCCAUUUUGUUGUGUUAGGGCUUUGAAACAACCUGCUGUUGAAUUUCUUUCUUCAAAUGUAUUUUCACAGUGAAGUGAGUUUUAAAAGCAUGAUACUGUCUUGAUGAUAAGUGCUUGACAUCAAAUGCAAUUGAAAAUCACAUCAUAGUGGCAGGUCCUACAGGCUCUAGUUCUGUCACACCUGGACUACUGUUUAGUAGGGACCUCGGAAAAUUUAAAUUGGCUCAGAACAGGGCAGCAUGGCUGGCGCUUAGAUGUACAUGGAGAGCUAACAUUAAUAUGCAUGUCAAUCUCUCAUGGCUCAAAGUGGAGGAGAGAUUGACUUCAUCACUACUUGUUUUGUAAGAAGUGUUGACAAGCUGAAUGUACCGAGCUGUCUGUUUAAACUACUAGCACACAGCUCGGACACCUAUGCAUACCCCACUACACAUGCCACCAAAGGUCUCUUCACAGUCCCCAAGUCCAGAACAGCUUAUUGGAGUGGCACAGUACUACAUAGAGCAUUGGCUACAUAGAACUCUAUUCCACAUCAGGUAACAAGCAGUAGAAUCAGAUUUUAAAAACAGAUACAACUAAACCUUAUGUAACAGCAGGGACUGUGAAGAGACACACACAGGCACAGACACAUAAAACACGCACUCGACACACACGUACACAUUCAUUUUGUAUUAUAGAUAUGUGAUAGUAGAGAAGUGGCCUGAGGGAACACACUUAAUGUGUUGUGAAAAGUGGUAUGAAUUGUCAUGUAAUAUUUUAAAUUGUAUAUAACUGCCUUAAUGUUGCUUUACCCCAGGAAGAGUAGCUGCUGCCUUGGCAGGAAGUAAUGGGGAUCCAUAAUAAAUAAACCAUAGAAAGCCAUUGAGCCAUGAGCUUGUUUGAAAGACAAUAACAAUACAUUUCUCUAAUCUCAUAUUCAGCCUGCCACCUUCCAGCAAACCUCAGCCAGUCAGAGGCUGCAAGCUAUUUUAGUUGUUUAUAUAAAUACCUUAGGAUUUGUGAUUUUUAUUGUAUUUGCCAACAAUACAACCACACGUGGACAAAAUGCAUUGACAACGUGAUGCAUCUAAUAAUUUACAGUUUAAAUAGAUUAAUUACAUAUUGAUUACACCAAAAAUCGUCUACAUUUGUCAUUGAUUUAACAUACUAUAUAUGAGGGAAUACAAACAGUUAUUUUCUAGCAAUAAAUUAUACUCCCUGAACCGCCUCACCCGCUUGAAGAAAAGUGUUGAUGACUAUGUACAGUAGGUGGCGGCACCUCUUAAACACAACAGAAGAAGCUGAAAAGCAUCAACAGGAAGUACUUUGUUACCAUCUAUCGAGUUUUCAAACCAAAUAAAAUUCCACGGGAUCGUUCUGAUGUAAAAUUAAUCUCAAUGAGACGUUUGUUUGUGACAACUUAAAUCCAGUUUUGAUAUUUAAAAGGACAUUUGGUUGCGCUGGUCUAACUGUUCUUUAUCUGAACGCUUUGACAAGGAACGUAACUCUAGCGUACACCUUUACUUUCAUGUUUUUUUAUUUGAAGAAAGAAUCGUUUCCAAGAUGGAUCGGGAUAGAGCUAGUCCGUCCCCCUCCACCCUGCCGGAGUCCCCUGGUCGCAACUCUCCUGAUAUCGCCUUACUGCUGGGUCUGAAGAGCCUGUCUGUGAGGCUGGUCGACUGCAGGAAAACACCAGGGCAGAGUGGAACUUUGAGAGGGGGUCACGAGGAGGAAGACUUGAUUUCACCAAGUAAGAACAAUGGGGACACCCUUAACUGUCGCUCUCUCAAUGGUAGGGACUUAUUUGGGGAGCCUCAACAACAUGUUUGUGACAAGAUAGAGAAGAGUCUCUCCCGAUCAGAACACCUCAAGAAGCACAGACGUACAGGGAAGAAACAUCACCACUGCUGCUCUGACUGUGGGAAGAGUUUCACUAGCAGGAGUGGUUUCAUAAUGCACCAAAGGAGUCACACCGGAGAGAAACCGUACUGCUGCUCUCAGUGUGGGAAGAGUUUUGCUGCUUCUAACGCCUUCAAAUCUCAUCUGAGAAUUCAUACAGGAGAGAAACCUUACAGAUGCUCACAGUGUGGGAAGAGUUUUGCUGCUUCUAACACCUUCAAAUCUCAUCUGAGAAUGCAUACAGGGGAGAAGCCUUACCCCUGCCUUGAUUGUGGUAAAAGCUUUGCUAACACGGGAAUUCUAACCAUACACCAGCGUGUACACACUGGAGAGAAGCCUUAUAGCUGUAAUCAGUGUGGGAAGAGCUUUGCUCGGUCAGGAGAGCUGACUACACACCUGGUAACACACACUGGAGAGAAGCCUUAUGUCUGUCUAUGUGGGAAGAGCUUUGCUCUAUCAGGACACCUGAAUAGACACCAGCGAACACACACUGGAGAGAAGCCUUAUAGCUGUGAUCAGUGUGGGAAGAGCUUUGCGCUAUCAGAACACCUGAAUAGACACCAGCGAACACACACCGGAGAGAAACCUUAUAGCUGUGAUCAGUGUGGGAAGAGUUUCAGUCUAUCAUGGACCCUAAAUACACACCAACGAACACACACUGGAGAGAAACCUUAUGCCUGUCUAUGUGGAAAGAGCUUUGCUCAUUUAGGGCCAAUGAAAAAACACCAGAAAGCAGAAAUGUGCCAUAUUUCCUCUCCCUCCUAUCUGACACUGGUUCCAGAUCACUAAAUAAUGGAUCAAUAGAAAACAUCUAGUGAACAGUCAUAUCCAUCUCCCAUUCUUAGAAGGUUGCCUUAGUCUGAUCACCAUGGUAACCUCUGGAGCAUAAUAUGCAGCUCUGAUCUAGGAUCAGUUCUCCCCUGUGUCUAUGUAAUAUUGCACAUUGGGAUUUAAAUGGAUAAAUGUUAUCAUAGAAUGUCAUAGUCAACGUGUGUUUACGUACUCCUAAAACUAAUCAAUGACGCAUUGAAUAAUAAUAUUCAUGAGGUCAAGGUAAGAUCUAUGCAUGCUGUGUCUUGUGACAACGGUUAAUGUAAUAACUUUUAGAUUUAUAAUGUAAUAAAACCGGGAAAUGUAAUAUCUUGUUGGUUAAUAUGAUAAAAUGUUAAAUUGUUAUAGUAAUAACUUUUCCAUUUAAUGUAGUAAGUUACAGUAUCAUGUAACAACUUUUUAUGAAAAAUGUAAUGACUUCAACCGAUCAUGUAAUAACACCUAAACCAAUGUUUAAUCUGUUACUUCACUAAUGUUUAUAGUAUACACAUACCACCCUCCACCAAUUAUAAACCCACACACACAAACCUAUGCCCUUGUACUCACACACAAAUACACAGUUUCAUCAUCAAGUUGUAUUGGUCACAUACACAUAUUUAGCAGAUGUUAUUGGUCACAUACACAUAUUUAGCAGAUGUUAUUGGUCACAUACACAUAUUUAGCAGAUGUUAUUGGUCACAUACACAUAUUUAGCAGAUGUUAUUGGUCACAUACACAUAUUUAGC